AUGUUUCAGAAUGACAUGAUAGAGACGAACGACGGCGAAGUGAUCAUCAAUGAGGUGCCCAUCGAAGUUUUCAAGCUGCUGGUCCGGUACAUGUACUGUGGCAAGUUGAAUGACUCAGAGAUACGGAAGUACUGUCUGGACCUCUAUGAUGCCGCUGUCAUGUAUCAAUUGGACAGUCUCAAGACAAUUUGCGAGAAAGUUCUCUGUUCUGAGGCUGAAAAGCCUGGGCUGGCCAGGCUAAUGCUAACAGUAUCGGAGCUGUACAACUUUCCAAAACUUGGCAAAAUAGCUUCCAAGGCGGCUCGAAAGCGAUUUAUUGCAAAUGUGUCGACUCUGAACGCUGAAGUAUCGGUUGAAUUUGAUAACUUUUUCGACAGAUGUUCUAAGGGUUCCAAUAUUUCUGCAGAAAUGGGACACUAUCUACUUGGCCUAGAUAAGCCCUCUACUUCUGCAAACAAUUCCACAGCUGGUCCAGGUCCAGCUCACAAGUCAAAGCGAAGUCGUCGAUAUGCUUAG